GUUUCGUGACAUGUGGUCUCCAAUGACAAAUGCACCGACCGCGACCACUUUCCCGGAGCCGUCUAUAAAAUGCCGAGGAGGCUGGAAUUCGACACACUCUACCGCCCAGUUGGCCACGGUGAACACCAGCUAGCAACAAUGAAGUUUCUGGUAAUUGUGCUCUUAGCGGCUGCCGCUUGCGCUACUGAGAUUGAGAAGCGAGAGGCGGAGCCGAGCUAUGGCUAUUAUCGUCCUUAUUACGGCCAUGGAUAUGGCUACCCCUAUGGGUAUCGUAGCCACUACCCAGUAGGCUACGGUUACGUGCACCGCCAUCACAAGAGGUCUGCUGAUCCAGAGCCAGAGGCUGAAGCUUCCUACUACUAUAGACACUACCCUGUCUACCAUCCUUAUGGUCACCACUACGGAAAGAGGUCUGCCGAUCCUCACCCUUUUGCUGAGCCUUCCUAUGGUUACUAUGGCUAUCCUCGACCAGUCUACCACUACCCUUCCUAUCACUACGGUUAAGGAGAAACAUCACCGUUGAUUUCUCUGGAGCAUAAAUGUGGAUUUUCCAUUGUUGCUGAUUCAAGAGUGUCUUAUGUACAUAAAAACGAAUUGAAUUGAGACUGCAAAGCACA